CAACUACAACAAAGCUCCGGAACGGACUCGCAACUCGCCGUGAAAUACGAAGACGUACGGGUACGAGAUACGGAUACGUAGCUGGCAAUACGGGUCUCAAGCGGUUUAUUACGUAUACGCACCGCGUGCCGCCGCCUGGUGAAUUUUAUUAUUUUCCACGAGUGAAGCAAGGCGCAGACGGCAAAUAUGAAAUCAAAAUGAAGGCAAAUACAAAUAGAUAAACAAAUCAAGCACAAUAGAGUGUCCCUUUUGAUUCCGUUCCGUUGCGACCCGAUCUCUCUUUCAUUCCGGCGUAUUUGGCUUCACGGAAAGUGCAACACAAAUAUUAGCAAAGCCAUAAAACAAUAAACCCCCAAACGUAUUAAUUGCAAUCUUGUGAUAGUGGAAAUACUAAAACGAAAACGGGAACAACAAACAAAAGAGUUUACAACGAAAAGUUGCUGAAAAGCGAGCUUCGGCAAAUAUCAACAGCUGGGGUAAAGCAAAUCAUAAGUAAACACAAAGGACCAGGACAGGACAGCCAAACCAAACUGCACAGGACGAAGGAUAAAUGUGGUAGUUGCCAUGAGAGCAGCCUCGGGUGUUGACCAGGAGUGAAGGGCUCCCAGGGAAGAGCAGCAACAGCUGCUGCAGCACCAGGAGCUCCAGCAGCAACAGCAGCAGCAGCAGCAGCAGCAGCAGCUAUCCAAACACAGAGCAACGAGCAACAAGCAACAUCGAGGAGGGCAACAAUAAGAACCGCCACUGACAACAACACUCGCAAUCAAAUCAAAUUCAAAGAUGCAAAUUACAAUUUGCAUACAAAUGCAUGCGGCAACGACGAGUGACAUCAGCACAAACACAAGCCACGCAAAUUGUUGCUAUCAAAUGCUAUAAAAUUGUACAGAAUAAUUGUAGAGCCCGAGCACUCUUUUGCAAAACAUAUCGCAGUCUCCACCCCACCACCCUACUUCCUCAACAUGAUCAAGGGCAUUUUAAUACAGCGCAAGAGCCAGGAGGAUGCCAGCUACACCAAGCAGCUCAAGAUGGAGCAUGCCGACCUGGUCGCCGAAAUGCAGACCGUGGAGAGCCUGCCCACCCAUGAGCGACUUCAGUUGGCCAGAUUACGUCGUGGCCAGCAGCUUAAGUUGGCCCGUCAGAAGGAGAAGGAGUGGGCCAAGUUGCAGCGGGCGAAGGGUAACACGGCUAGCGGCGGCAGCGGAACCGGAAACGGAUCCCUUGGCAAUAGUCUGUUGAACGGGAACCAUGGGGAUACCACGCAUCAUUUCCGGCAUGCCAACGGUUCGGGUACGCUGAGCGGAAGGCGGCACAUAUCCUUUGAGAACAGUGUGGUGCUGCUGGAGGCGGCCUCCAGGAACGAUAUGCCCGAGGUGGCGGCCCUGCUGCAGCAUGGAAUUACGCCGGAUGCAGCCAACGAGGACGGACUGACGGCCAUGCAUCAGGCGUGUAUUGAUAACAACAUGGAGAUGCUGCAGCUGCUGCUCGAGUACGGGGCAAAUGUGGAUGCGCAGGAUAGUGAUAAGUGGACGCCCCUGCAUGCGGCAGCCACCUGCGGCCACCUGGAGCUAGUACGCAUCCUCAUCCGGCACGGAGCCAAUCUGCUGGCGGUUAACACCGAUGGCAAUAUGCCCUAUGACCUGUGCGACGAUGAGAAUACCUUGGACUUCAUUGAGGGCGAGAUGGCGCAACGGGGCGUUACCCAGGAGCUGAUCGAUGAGACACGCUCCUCCACGGAACGCAUAAUGCUGCGCGACCUCAUGGAGCUGGCCCGCAUCGGUGGGGAUCUGGAGGAGCCCGACUACCAGUGCGCCACACCACUGCACAUAGCCGCCGCCAAUGGAUAUGUUCGUGUGGUGGAGUUUUUGUUGGAACAGCAUGUCAAUGUGGAUGCCAUGGACAAGGAUCUGUGGACGCCGGUACAUGCCGCCGCCUGCUGGGGACAUCUGGAGGUGCUGGAGAUGCUGGCCCAAUGUGGUGCUGAUUUAAAUGUUCGCAACAAGGACGAUGAGACGCCCUCAGAUAUUUGUGAAGAUCCCGAGAUCAGGGAGCGCAUUGAGCAGCUGAAAACAGAGCAGGAGAGCAAACGACUGGCCGAAGCUCAGCGACGGCGUGUGCGGCGCUCACAGAGCAACAACACCAGAGCCCAAUCCGUGCGACGUACUAGCUUGCGUGACAAAACGCUGACAACCAAAAAGGAUGCCGUCGAGGAGACGCGUCUUCGCCUGCAGGCCCAGGAGGCGACGGCUUCUUCGGAGGCUCCCUCCUCCGCCGCUGGAGAUCCGCUGACCAAUGGCUAUAACAGCUACAAUGGCAACAACAAUGGGGAGAAACGUCCCUCGACCGGCAGUUCGAAUGGCCAACUACUACUGCCCCACUCCAAGUCCGCCGAUGCGCUGGAUAAUGCCAUGAUAGCAUCAUCCGCCGCCGCAUUGGCGGCCACCGCCACACAUUCCUAUCAACCGCGUCGUCCGCCAGACGGCCGGGAAAAUGAUGAGCUGCUCCGCCUAAAGGCCGCCGGUGGUGGCGCCCUUACCGAUGUGCAGCAGCGAGCCACAUCCGCGGCGGCUGUUAUACUCACCGAAAAGGGUACAGCGGCUAGUGCCGAGGCCGUACAAAUCCAGUCGUCCAAGGAAGCUGCCAAUGGGAAGAUCAAUGUCCAGGUCACCGUUCUUGUGGACACCAACAGCACGCACCACCAUCAGCAACAUUUCCAGCAACAGCAGCAGCAGCAACAUCACCAGCAGCAACAACAGCAGCAGCAACUCCUGCAGCAACAGCAGCUUCAGCAACAGCUACAGCAGCAACAUGUUGCCUUAGAUGGCUAUGGUGCUACCUUGUCCAAUUUGAAAAAGCAACGCUCGCUUUCACGCACCGCCAAUGUACUCAAUAAUUUUGAAUUGUCAUCCCAACAACAAGCAACAAGCAAUGCCAAUAAUCCAAUUCUAGCUCCAACUGCUCCAACUAAUGGUUCUGUUUUAGGAGCCGGCGGUAGCAGUGGCAACAACAACAACAACAACAAUCUUAACAACAAUAACAACAACAAUGGCAGCAACAGCAACGGAUCAGCACCCAUAUCCACACAGCCACUGGGCAUGGGCAGCAGCCUAAUCUCGGACUUUGAGGUAUCCUCACCAGCGAGCAGUUCGGUGAAUAAGUUCAGUGGGAUCACAGGGGAUGUGGUGAGCGAUAGCACCAGUUCCAGUCGCAAGUGCUGUUCCCUGAUGUAGAAUUGAGAGUUGAGAGAGAAAGAUAUAUAGAGCAUUAUAUACAUGGGAUUGUGUAAGCAAGAAAAAAGUGUCUUUUUUUAGUAAUUAGCCGAAAUUCAGUGAGAAAACCGUUGAAAGAAUUGCAUGUUAUUUAACAAAACGGGGCUCAAUUAUUCUGAGCUCCCAAAAAAAAACGACUCAAAGUCGUUUCCAGUCGUUGUUUCCUAGCAAAACAUACACACACCACACAACAGAUUAUACGAUAAAAAUUUAUAUAGAAAUAUACAAGUACCAUAUGUAUACACUCUAAAAGUUUAUCAACAAAAUAAAUGUGAGCAGUUUACCUUAGUUUAUGUACAAUGUAAAGGCAAAAAUCAAAAAGCAUAACAUAAAAAACCUAAAAAACUAUCAAAAAACUAUGAUUAAGAAAAGAUAUAAAAUAUAUAAGAACUUUGUUUAUUGAUUGAUUCUUGCUUGCGAGUGCAGUGUGUGAAAACCAAAACAGGCAAAGUAUUAUGCAAAAACAAGUAUGAAAUAUUUAACUAAAAAUAUAUAUUUACGAUAGCGAAAUUGUAGUUAAAACAAUGUGACAGGCGACAGCAAAGCAAUGAAACGAAAUGCAAAGCACUUGAAGCAAUUCCCCACUAAAAUGUUUUUGAAUUGAAAGGACAUCUUGCUCUGUCCCCUGAUCUGGAUUUAUAUUUUUGAGUGCGAUUUACUUGUGCUCUGCCUUCUGUGAGUUGAGUUUUGUUAAGUAUAUGGAUACAACAACAAAUUUGUAUUAUUUAUGUAGCAACUAUGUCUGUAUAUAUACACACCACAAUUCCAAAUGAUUAAAAAAAGAAGAGAAAAACAAAAAACACAACGCGCAAUUAGCAAAUGAGACUUUUUUCGAUUUAAUAAAUGUCAAGGCAUUAGCUGAAUGUUUUGUAAAAAUAAACGAAUGAAAUAAGAAAAAUUCCUACACGAAA